AUGUCCAGGCGGUGCUACGUCGACACGGACGCCGAAGGUCGACCGCAGUUUGUGUCCAUCAAACGCUCCCGAUCUUACAGCCACCACAACCACCGACACAGCUGCGAUUACUACACAGUCAGUCGGGAGGAAUGGAAGGCGCUUGCGGAGCGUAAUCGUGCCUUGGAGGAGGCAAACCAGGCCUUUGGCGCUCAGAAUGAUACCCUCAGGGCAAACCUCUCGGUAGCCCAAGCUGAGGCUCAUCAUCUAAACCACACCGUUGUGCCUCAACUUCAGGAGCAAGUUGCGAUUCUCGCCGCCGAUAACGAUGCCCUCCGUCGCUCUAUCGACAACACCAGUGGCUCGUCGGCCCGCACCCAUCGCGAAAUUACGAAGCUACGACACAAGGUCUCCAAGCUCGAGAAGGAGAACCAGCAUGUCAAGGACGAGAACUCGGACCUCCGGGUCAGACUGCACGAGCUGUCGAAACAAAUCGACGAAGGGGUGAGCCGACGAGUCUCGGAGCUUACCAGGGAAAUCGAAUACUGGACCAACCAGCGCCGGUUCUGGAAGGCCAAGUACGAGGAAUUGCAAGAACGGUACAACGGCCUAUGCAGCAUCCUCGAUACCAAGACCGAGAAGGUUACGGUGUACGAGGAAAUUCUGAGGAGACAUCGCAUUAUUCUAUGA